AUGUCUUCGAAUAGUCAUGCAACAGAGGAUGUGUUGGAACAAAACGCUUCCAACAAUGGCAACAACUUGCUAGAUGAUCCCGCACUUCUUGGAAUCGACGAGCCUUUAAAGCUCAAAACUAGAAAGAAGAUUGCCAAGAUUGACGACGAAAGGCUCUUGCAUAACCCACGAGGUUUACCAUAUUUGCUAAAGAACCAACGAAGGUUACUUCGGAUUAUUGAGAAAAAUGACAAGGAGUUUUACAAACAAGAAAAGGAGAAACUUGCAGUGCAGCCCAAUUACAAACCUUCACCACAGCUCAAACACGAUCAUGAAUACAACAAUUUAGUAUCAAUUUUGCAGUUUUAUCAAUUAUGGUGCCACGGUAUGUUUCCCAAAGCAAACUUUAAAGAUUGUGCAUAUCUUGUUAGAUCAUUGGGCCAUAAAUCUUCGCAGUUGCGUUUGUAUAGACGCGAAUUGAUUGAGAAAGAGAUUUACAAACUUAAAGUUGAAAGGGGAAUCAUCGAUGAAAAUGAAGUUAGCAGAGCAAGUGAAGAGGCACAUACAGAGGAUAAUACCAACUCACAAAUGGAAGGUGAUAAUAUCACGGAACUAAGACCAACAGCGAUAACUGCAAACGAUGAUGACGAUGAUACAGGAUGGGAUUUUAUGCGUAUUGGAGCUACAUCCGAUUCAACACGUCAAGACCUGAAUGGUGAGCCUAAUAGAACAGAAACCAUAGGAACGACAAACGAUCCAGCAGAAGAUGGGUGGGAUGAUUUGGAAGACGACGAGGUUGCCGCAUUCUUUGGAAAGCCCUCAAAGACUGCUCCUCAAAUAGCAAAUAAUGAUGAAGAGCUGUAUCAACGCGAGGAAGCAGAAGAAGAGGAUGAAGAUCUUGCUCUAGAGUUAAUGAGACAAGUCGAUCCUUGA